AACCAAACUUUAAAGGGAUAACCACUCUGUUCUUGGUUUCGCGCCCAACCUAAACAGACAACAGCUGAUAGCACCCGCAUGCUUCAAUCUCAAAAUCGUCACAAUUGCUUAAAUUGAAGGCGACAAUAAGAUAUAGUUUACCAUGUCGAAACCAAUUACCUUUGUCACCGGCAACGCCAAAAAGCUGGAGGAAUUGGUUGCCAUCUUGGGACCCAGUUUCCCGCGCACCAUUGUGUCCAAGAAGAUUGAUCUUCCGGAAUUGCAGGGUGACAUCGACGAAAUUGCCAUCAAGAAGUGCAAGGAGGCAGCGCGCCAGGUAAAUGGACCCGUCCUGGUCGAAGACACCAGCCUGUGCUUCAAUGCACUGGAAGGAUUGCCGGGUCCGUAUAUCAAGUGGUUCUUGGAAAAGUUGCAGCCGGAGGGAUUGUACCGCCUGCUCCACGGCUGGGAGGAUAAAUCAGCCCAGGCUGUGUGCACUUUUGGCUACUGCGAUAGUGCGGAUGCAGAGCCGCUGAUCUUCAAGGGCAUCACAGAGGGCGUUAUUGUAGAGCCUCGUGGUCCCAGGGACUUUGGAUGGGAUCCGGUAUUCCAGCCCAAGGGCUACGACAAGACCUAUGCCGAACUGCCCAAAUCAGAGAAGAACACAAUUUCCCAUCGCUAUCGCGCCUUGGCGCUCCUGCAGCAGCACUUUGAGAAGCAGGACAAGCUAAUAAACUAAGACUCAAUUUAUUUAA